AAUUUCGAAUGUGACGAGUAAAAGUUGGUGUGCGAUUCAUUUCAUACUUGUGUUUACUGUACAGUGUAGUAGGUCGCCCACACACCAAAUCGUCGAAUCAUUCAUUCAUCCGUCGCGAUGGUUGCUGCCCUCGUCAAGGCCGCCGUCGCCGAUGCCUUUGUCACCUUCAUGUGGAUUUUCUGCGCCUCCUCCCUCGGCGCUGUCACCUACGUCCUCGCCUCUGCUCUCGGCGUCGCCCCUGGCCUCCCCUCCCUUCUCAUCACCACUUUUCUCAUCUUCCUCCUCCUCUUCAUUUUCGGCUUCCUUGCCGAUCUCCUCGGCGGCGCCUCCUUCAAUCCCACCGGCACCGCCGCCUUCUACGCCGCCGGCCUCGGCGCUGACUCUCUCAUCUCCGCCGCCGUCCGCUUCCCUGCUCAGGCAGCUGGUGCAGUGGGUGGUGCGGUGGCGAUUAUAGAAGUGAUGCCAGUUAAGUACAAGCACAUGCUCGGGGGUCCUUCUCUCAAGGUUGACACCAACACCGGAGCAACUGCUGAGGGGGUUUUGACGUUCAUAAUGACCUUGGCUGUCCUCUUCAUCAUCUUUAAGGGUCCUAGAAGCGUGAUUGUCAAGAACUGGAUGCUUGCUAUGUCAACUGUGUCUCUUGUAGUUGCAGGUACCACUUAUACAGGACCUUCCAUGAAUCCUGCUAAUGCAUUUGGGUGGGCUUAUGUAAACAACGCGCACAAUACUUGGGAGCAUUUCCUUGUGUAUUGGAUCAGUCCCUUCGUCGGAUCAAUACUGGCCGCCUGGGUUUUCCGUUUUCUAUGUCCUCCACCACCGCCCCCAAAGCAGAAGAAAGCUUGAAAGGGCUAUUCUAUUAGGAACACAUUUUAAUUCACUUUACGUAGGCCAUUCAGUUCAUGGAUGGAGAACUCAUAUCCAGUCAAAUAAAUUUGUAGUUGCAAGAUAUGGAUUGAAUAUGUUCAUGAAAAUUUAAAGAAAGAAAGGUAUUGGGUUUA